AUGCCGGCUAGCGUUUGCGGGACAUGGCCUGCCUUCCAGUCGGUCAAUCAAAUGACUCUUCACACGAAAGAUGGAUGCUCAAUUCAAAAUUCAGGCUUCACUGGCUCUCUCGAAUAUUCCAGCUGCUACGUCGGGGCCCCGGGACAACCGCUUAACUCCGGUUGCGCUAUCCUGAGUGGUAGUCCCCAAUCCUAUGGCGACGGUUUCAACAAUGCUGGUGGCGGUAUAUAUGCUACAGAGUGGAAAUCCGCCGGAAUCAAGGUCUGGCAUUUUCCUCGCUAUGGCAUUCCAUGGAAUAUCAUCAUUGGUCAGCCAGAUCCGGCAACAUGGGGUACGCCUUCGGCUGCGUUUUCUGGAUACUGCGAUAUUGAUAACCAUUUCAAAGAUCUGCGAAUUGUCUUCGAUAUCACCUUUUGUGGUGACUGGGCCGGCAACGUCUGGUCCUCCGGUUCUUGCGCCUCCCAAGCUCCAACUUGCAAUCUAUUUGUUCAGAAUAACCCCGCUGCCUUCAGAGAGGUAUUUUGGAGAGUAAAUUCUUUGAAAAGUUAUCAAGAUAACGCACGCCCACCACUUGGCUCCCCCUCUGCCCCUCCCGGAUAUAGCUCUGUUCAUCGCGCUAUCGGCGAGUCAGUCUCUCGCAAAGACGCAACACCAUUUACUCGGCCUGGACCCCGCCAUUUCCGGCAUGGGCAUAAAGGCCGGGAGCGAGCCUAG